GAGUCUAUUCAGUUUCUAUUCACUUUACCUAUUCCCAAGUUCUAUGGCAGCAAAUUAAACAAAUAACUAAUGACAUGUCGACAGAUGAGCAGAACUAAGGCAAGAUAAGAUUCAUCUCGACGCGACCAAUAUGAGGACGACUAGGUUGCACGUUGAAAUGUUUAAAGCCGUGAAGGUCGUCUAAAAUCAGUUGAUGCGCCAGAGCACAUUGAUGGUGUGUAAAAAGUUGAAAAGGCAGGACCUUGAAGGUGCGGUGGACUGUACGAAUGUCAAGCUGUGUCAAGCUGAGCUACAUCCGAUAAAGCUUGUUUACGCUGGAAGCACUUCACAAAUUCACACUUUGCAACACAAGUGGUCGCAACUGCUUUCGGAAAAACUGAUCAUCUGGCAACAGAGCCUUUAAACGUAACGUAGAACGAUCAAUCCCGAACGCGUUGUCAACGUUUAUUAACUGGAAAUGGCAUAUCCGUUCGAACAACACUUGCGAGAUAUUGAUCAGAAAAUUAGUGUUAAAAAUUGUGAUCGACAAGCAUAUACCAUGAUGUAUGAUGAUGUAAGAGAUACUUUGUUGGGACGCAUGUGCGUAGUAAGUGAAACCUUUAAAAAAUUAUACAAGGGUCACACUUUGUUUGGUAGCUAUCCGAAUAGUGUUCGCAUUAUAAAGCCGAACGAAUUCGACGUUUUCUUUGAAUUAGAAACGCCAUAUAAUGAUGAGUUGUAUAUUGAGAGCGAUGAAUACAGACCAGGGUUUGUGAAAUUGGAUUUCGAGGAUGUGAUGGAAGAACUUUACAAUGACGAGAACUUAAGCUAUGUAUAUGACGAGUUUGCAGACAAUUUGCUCGAUCGUAAUGACUAUCUAAAACGUACCAAUUUGCAAUGGUGGAUUCAUGAUAUUAUAGAGGAGGUUUUCAUCCGAUUUGGUAAAAUUGUUCACGGAAGAACAACGAUGGAGUUGGAAUAUCAAAAAAGCAGCGUAGCACAUACCGUUAAAGUUAGGGAUCUCUACUCUUCAAGAAAUAUUUCUAUUGAUUUCGUGCCAGCCUAUCCGAUUGGCAGACCAAGCUGGUUACGGAAACGUAAUUUUUAUCCCUUUGUUGGUUGCUCGGAAAAUUUUUUCGCGGUGCCAAAAUCGUUUAACGCAACCCCAAAAGGAAGAAGUGGCCAAUCUCUUACGUUUCUUCUUGUAAAUCCGUCAGCAGAAUACGAACUUUUGCUUGGCAAACAGCAUUUAAAGGUAGCUUUGCGCUUAUUAAAAUCCUUGCGUAAUUGUUACAGAGAUGAUUUGAGACGCUUGAAAAGUUACUUUUUGGUUGCGAUGUUUUUAUGGCAGAUUAGAAAACGUCCGGAAAGUUUCUGGGAGCAACCGAUCAAUAUCGUAUUUCUUGAGAUGUUGGAAGUUCUAACAGAGCAUUUUCAAAAAGGCGUGUUGCGUUACUUUUGGUGUCCAGAUCUAAACUUGUUGGAUAUAUUAAAGCCGACGGAGAUCGCAGAGUAUGCCGACACUUUGUCUUCGAUAAAUAAUACAUUGCAGUCGUACAUAUAUCAGCCAAAUCUAAGUUUGGAACGUUGCGAAACUCAUUUUCAGUUGCCCGAUUCUGAUUCUGACUGAUGCUGCUAAUGCACACUCAACUGGAAGCAUAUUAUCUUUUUCGUUUUUCUUGUGUCCUCUUUUUAUGCAUAUUAUAUUUGUAUCAAUAAAGUUAGUCGAGAGAAGAAGUUACCUAUAACUCUAAAAAAUGUAAUCUCCU